AUGUGCGAGCACUCACGAGGUUCGUCGUCUCGAUCCCCAGCUCAAACGAUCAAGUACACCGACAGGCAUCAGAGUCCUCGCACGACUUCGCCCGUUGGUCACGACGGCCCAGCUGACACACUUCUCGGUUUCCCGUUCCUCUCGAUUCCCGGAGAGCUUCGAAACAAAGUCUACGAUCUGGUCAUUCCCAGCAGUCAUGUUCUGGUGAUCGCCGACCAUCCGCAACGAGAUCUUCACAAGCGUCGCAAGCUACAUCCAUCAGCAAAGCUAUCGCGGUACCGACUGAGCGGAAGAAUACUCUCAAUAGAUGAUGAAGAAGCAGAUCCGCUCGGACUGAUCAGGUCAUGUCGUGCAAUCUCCGAAGAAGCGACCAAGAUCUUCUACUCCAAAACAACGCCAUGCUUCGAAAGCCUAGCAGCCAUCAACAAGUUCCUCAACGGCGCAGCGGCUGCUGGGUUGAAGUGUAUCAGAUCCAUAAGUCUGAGCUUCGCGGGGUAUGGGGAGCCCAGACUGACGAAGAACAAGCAUUGGAAAGACAAGAAAGACCUCAAGUGGCAAAGGACAUGCUCCCGGAUAGCUACGACGCUCGUUGGACUUCAGUCUCUGAACCUUGACCUCAGAUUGGCGACUUGGCCAACCACACUCGGAAAUAAUGAGGACUGGACCCAACCGCUGAUGGUUGUGAAAGGCAACGGCCUCCAUCUAGUGCGACUCACGUUGCGGCAUCACAUGUUCAACGACACACGUUUGGCGCUGGCUGCGCGCAGACUAGAGAACGAAAUGAUGACCCCUGAGGGUCGCGAAGAAAGGGAUGUUCGGGAGGCGCUGCAAGCAAUCGAGGAAAUGGAGAUUAGAGCUCUCCAGAUUCCAAAGGCGAAGAAGGUCUUGGUGAUCAAACAACCAGUGCUUGACACCGCUCGAUCGAAGCGGCAUCCGAUCAAUUCCAAGGGUGCUCCCGCUGUAGUGUCCUCGAAAGCAGCGUAUCGCACGAAGGGAUUGGCUGGGUACGAGCGAAUUGAUCUUAGAGCCGUUGGGAUCACGUUUGUGCAAUGUGCGAAGUGA